AUGGUACCUGACAGAGCGUUACAGAUCGUGGCAGAUUGCAACACAUUUCAUCAGAGCGUGGCUAAAGACCAACAGAUCGGUGUAUUGUGGAAGUUCCUGUUUGGUACCGCAACCUUUUUGUCCUUGGUCUUGCCUGUUUUGUCGGAUUCGUCCAAGCUGACGAAAACAUCUUGUCCAGGCAAGUUCAGCCAGCAAAGCACCUCGCCGAGGUCCUAUAAGUGUGACAUGGUGCGACUACCCAAUGGCACCAUGUUGCAGACUGUCCCAAAACUCUUCUCUCCCCCUGCUGUCAUCGCUGGAAAAAUUCCUGGCCAACAUAUAAUAUGCAGAAUCCCGGAGUCAAGAGAAUCAUCGACUACGGACGCAAGGACCAAGCCCACGACGAGCCCAACAACCACGACAUUCGACACAACGACAUAUGAAGAAACCCCCAUCUCGAAGUCAAGUGAAUCAUCGACUACGGACGCGACCACCAAGCCCAUGACGAGCCCUACGACAACGAUGUUAGACACAACGGCAUAUGAAGAAACCACCACCUCCAAGUCAACAGAAUCAUCGACUACGGAAUCGACUACCAAGCCCGGGAUGGGCCCUACGACCACGAUGUCAGACACAACAUCAUCGCAAGAAACCUCCACCACCAAGUCAAGUGAAUCAUUGACUACGGACGCGACCACCAAACCCAUGACGAGCCCUACGACAACGAUGUCAGACACAACGGCAUAUGAAGAAACCACCACCUCCACUGGAACCUUGACUGCACCAAUUCUUCAGGAAUCACGUCUGGUCAGAGUCCAUCGUUUGCUGAUAUCACCCCAAACCAAACUGUAUUGUUACUUCCUCAAAUACAGUAACAAGAUCUUUGAUGACAUCAACCUACUCCUACAGAGAGAAGAACCCUGCAUUCACAUUCUUAAUAAGCAGCUUAAUAAAACCUUCCAAGAUAUGCUUGUUAGAUUCGUGCAGCCAACAGUGAUUGUUGAAUGUUCUGAUGUCAAGAAAGUGCAGUAUGGUAAGAGAGAUUGCCAGAAGUCAGAUAAAGAUCUAAUGAUUGGAAAAGAUGCCAAGGAAUACCUGGAGAGUACAACAAGCCCAGAAGAUGAUUCUCCCCUUCGUCUUACAGAUGCUGAUUUGACAUACUUCUACUUGUCGGUGAGGAAGUAUUAUGAAUCAGCAUGUGACUAUGCCUUGAAAACCUGGCCACUAGAUGUUAAGUUCCUUAAGGAGGCUGAAGUGAUUGAUGUCAGUUCCAGAAGAGAUGUGUCAUUUUCAUCUGUGCAAUACUUUGUUGAAAAGUACCCUUGCAUUUUGAACAGACAAUCAGAGAAUGGAGACCUGGACAAGCUUGAGCUGGAAUUUGCACAAUACCAGGUUGAAGACUUUUCAGGGGAACCAGAGAUCCUGAACAAAAACUUGAGAAUAGACAAGAAAUGGUCUGCAAUUUCAAAGAUGGAGGAUGGCAAUGGCUCAAAGAAAUACACACUUCUGAGCAAAGUGAUGAAAUCUUUGCUUGUGAUACCACAUUCCAAUGCUUCAUGUGAAAGAGUUUUUAGCAUUGUUAGGAAGAACAAAACUGAUUUCAGGGGAUCAAUGAAUUUGAAAACACUUCAAGCACUCCUAACAGAGAAAAUUGCCAACACAGAUGUCCCAUGCUACCAAAGGGAGUAUAGCAAGGACCUCCUUAGCAAACUCAAGCAAGCAACCUACCAGUCACUUCAAGGAAAACCCUCAAGCACACCCCAGUCCUUGCCUUCCACAAGUACAUCCCCCAUUUCACAAUAGAGGUAACAGGAGUUCAUAGUCUGAAAUAUGAUGUGAAGUUCAUAUGUUAUCAAUUGUAUGCAAAUAAAAUGUGCCAUAUCAAAGCCUUCCAUUUUGAGAAA